AUGGGAUUUUAUUAUGCUGUGAGCAUCAAUGCGUAUGGUGGCCUAAUGAACCACACCAAAGAUAAUUUGUACAAAGCCCGAAUCUUACAUAAACCACAAGGUGAAGGUGAUAUGGCUGUGGACCUUAUUGUGAAAGCACACACGCGGUCUCCAAGAAAUUUCAUGGUGAUCCCAAAACCAGGCCAAGAUAGUGAGCUGCACAGGUCAGUAGUUGACUGUACACAGGGUUUAGAUGGAGGAAAGCCUAUCAUUGGAGGGAGAAGGAUGGGAGAUACUACUCCUGUGAUGGAAGAUCUCUCCAGUCUUGUCUCUCUGUUUCAAGGCUCUGAGAGGAAGGGAUUCGUCUUCUGGGACGUGGUGAAAUGCCCAAUCACUACUUAUGCCAAUAUUGAAACCGUUGGAAAUGAUAUCAGAGCAGCUCUUCAACGACUCGGCCAUCAUGGUUGUGUGGAAAUCCUGGCGUUUGGUGGUGACAAACUGAACCAGAACCGCCUCAAAGAUAAGUUGUACGAAGCCGGAAUCAUAUGCACACCACUAGAGUAUUGUGAAGCGGCUAUGGACCUUUACGCAGAGUCUUUAUUUCCAGGGCCUUUGAUGGUCAUCCCAAGACCAGACCUAGAUAGUGAUCUGCACAGGUUUCUUACGAGGAUGAAACAGAUACAUCACGAUGUUCUCUCAGUAAAGCCGCCGCCUGAUGAUGAGGACAGCCCACAAGAUGAUCUGUUUCUUCAAUAUGCACAGUUAAUAAUUGGUUGUACAGAUGGUUUGUAUGGAGGAAAGCCUAUCAUUAGAGGGAGAACAAGGAUGGAAGAAGAUACCCAUGUGAUCCAAGAUUUCUCCAAGCCUAUCACAUUCGUGAAAGGGGAAACGGCAGGAGUGUUCUGGAACCUGGAGGAUUUCCCAUUCCCUGAUGGUUGGAGUCCUGAUGCGAUCUACGAGAAAAUCGAAUCAGCGUUUCGUGAUGAUGGUUAUGAGCUGAGUAACAUGUUAGUCUGGGCUUAUGUUGAUGACAAGGAAGGGUCUUGGGGUGGGGAUUUCUGA